AUGGCAACAACACCUUUUGAUCCCCCUCUGCCGGGCUCUUCAUUUUUCGAUAUCUACAACGACGGCGCUGCCCAGCGCAACCCUGUCCAACUUCCUGGAGGAGCAUGCAAUUAUGUGGAUUUAACACCUGGCGCCAAUGGAGCAAAGUGCGGAUGCCGUCGAUUCUGGAGUCGCUUCGCCGCCGGGAAGGCGUAUACAGAUAGCCUGGGAUCUGAUAACUCCGUCUGGUGCAUGUGUUCGCAUCACGCCUGCUUCCACGAUGACGGACGCUCCGCGAGCGAGGCUCCAGCACCCGCGCCUGUGCCUGCGAUUCCGCCCACGCCCACCACCCACAUUCCUCGCCAGGAGAAUGAGAGACCAAGGAUGUCCAGGGAACCGCUUAGCCCGGUACAAUUGCCAGAUGUGUCGUUUCGUGUGCCCACCGGAUACCCCCCGACAAUGGACUUCAUGAACCUGGAUACUGCCAUGGCUAUAUCUCCGAGCAAGCCCGAGGAACCAAGGCCCCGUCAUGUGGACCAUAUUAGCCAGCGCCCGGAGUCUACUUUACAGGAUACGUUAAGCUGGGGCGACUUUAUUCAGUCUCAGCCCGGAAAUGGCUCUACUUCGUUACCGCCAAUACCAGUCCAAUGCCUAAUGCAGUCUCAGCCCAGCUCGACAACAUCUUCCAGCCAGGCUCGCUAUCUUCGUCCGUUUUCUGGGAAAGGUCUCCAAACACUUAGUGGUGUUGCUACUUCUAACAUGCAAUCUCUACGGAAGGACAGACUCCAGGAUAUCGUCACUUCUGUCCCACAGGACCAAUUUACCAAGGACGACGCCAGCGCUAUGAUUGUCCACAGUGAUCAUGGUGCAGACACUCCGAGGGCUCUGUCUCCCUGCGUCCGAGAGGAGGAUGCUGUUUUUGCCGGGCCUUCUCGCGAUACAUUUCGCCAUCUAUCGGAUACAGUUCAAGGUCACGAACACCGUCUCGAGCGACUCGAGAAUGUUUCAUUCUCCGCUGCCGGGCACGAUGAGUGUCAUGAGAAGCAUGACGCCACGGAUCUCAGAGUGACCGACCUUGAGGUUCGCUUCGAGGAAGUGGAAAAGCUCAUUAAUGAUAACGGCAGUGUUGUAGGUCGCCUCGCCGACCGACAGACGUUUGACGAAUCUACCAACAGCGUUGUUUCAGUCGCUACAAGUACGACUACCGCACGAGCUGGCCAUUCUGGCGAAAUCUUCAGCCAGAUCCAGACGCUGCAGUCUCAGAUCCUCCACCUUCAGUCGCAGCUUCCCACACUUACUCGGCCAUGGGAGAUUGAAGUUGUGUAUCUGCCUUUCCCAUUGAGGAGGGUCUGGGUGGAGCUCCAGGAUUUCAAAUCCGAUGGCAAUUCGAGCUUAGAUGAAUGGACUCAGAUGCCCAACACCAUGAGCUCUCACACACUCAGAGCACAGUCACCCUUCUGCGCAGAAUGGGCUGAUCCUGGACAUGACUACGCGUGGUUGAUGGCAAAGGCCUGUAGUCCUACCAGCAUCAUCAACAGCAGACUCAAGAGCCGCGGUCUAGUGCGAACUAUAUCUGUCAGAGGGUCAGACGCACGAAGUGUCCAGGCAGCGAUCCAUACUGCGUUCGGCACCGCCUUCACCGAACUUUCUGGCGGUAAUCGUUCAGCCUCACGUCGACGCAGCCUCGACAAUAAGACAAGUCGCUUUUUGGGCCUGCAGCAACCAUGGGUACCGCUCCGCAAGAUCCACAAAGACUCCCGCCUCCGGUUUUUGACGCCGGCAGAGAUGGUAACGCCUGCCCUCUGGGACGUGUCGUUUCUCAACUCUGUAAUUAUGCGAUCAUCUGAGCCGCGUCUGUUCAUCACGCAGCCUGAGGCCUAUCUCCAAGAUCUACCAUCGUAUGAGAGCGGCUGGAGUUGGCAACGCCUCCGCGAAAUGAGCCGUUUCUACCCCGAUUCUCAGGCUACUCAGGAGGUCCCCGAAGCCGACGCGAAAGAGGACCACUGGACGUGGAAUGACCAUCUUGACGAGACUGUGAGCGCGCCAGCUUCUCUGAGUAUGCGUCAAGCUGGUCAGCGAGUUUCGGCAUCCCCUUCGCUGCAUCAUAUUGCAAUUCAGUCUUCGAUGCGGUCAUCUAGUCCCAUGGCAGCCCGUGGGCAAACCCCUGUGAGAGACGGAAGGAUUACAAAGCCACCGUACAUUCGCACCGCCUCGCUUCCUCCCUCAGUCCCCGCCAACAUGUCGCCGUCGCAGAUCAAGCGCCGUGUAUCAUCAUUUGGCCAGAGGGCAGCUGUUCCAGUCCGACCCAACCCUCCCAACAUUUCGACUGCUUACAAGCGGCGCCGCACGACUCGUUCGCCGAGCCGCCCUCUUAACACCCCUCGAUGGACAGUAUCGCCAAGCCCGAUGCCCGGUGUUAUUCCCUCUGAUGAGCGUCACCCGUCAACCCGUGGCAUCACGCCCCAUUAUUAUGCGACCCCGUACAGCAACGCACCGCUAGGCGAGACCCGUCCGCGGGGUACGGGCGUUGUGGUGGAUGAUUCUCCCGCCGACGAUGACGAAAACCUCGAUCCGGAUUACGGAAGCACCAACCCUUACGACGACGACGACGACAGCGACUACAGCAUCGAGAUGGUAGCUCACGUGCCACCGGAGCGUGAGGGUGACUCAUCGUUCUCGCGGCAGGUCCAUCUGCCUGAGGAUGAGCCUUGGCCCGGCAUCGAGGACCAGGAACACAUGUCCGACGGCGAGAAUAUUGACCCGCUCUUCUCGCCGACGAUCGAGGACGACGUUCACUCGGAGGUGAGCAGCCAGCCAUCCGAGUAUCCUAGCACACAGCGUGGCUGGCAAGUGCCUGGCGCCGACGAAGGCGUAGGCUUUCGUAUUCACGAAGACGCCGAUCGGAUGCAGCAUGGCUGGAACUAG